AUGGCUGCCACCAACGGGUCGGAGCCUUGGGCCAAUGCCCUCAGCGAAAAGUUCAAAGAUCGCAUUGUGCUCACCACAUAUCCCGGCCAAAGCGUCGUCGACCCCGUAGAGCUCAACUGGGGCAACGCAGACCCCGAGAAGCGAGGCCCCAUCCUCGUCUCGCGAUCGAAAGAGACCCUCAAGAAGCGGAAUGCCAUCGGCGCCCACGGCGGCAGCUACGCCAUCUACAACGCCCUCGCCAUCGCCGCGGGAGACCUGCCCCCCAACUUCCGCCCCAACUUCGAGAACACGCAGCCCACGUUCCAGCCGCCCCAGCAGGAGGCAUGGGGCGACUUCUCCAAGAUCGUCUCCAUGGACCCCUUCGGCCACAAUGUCUCUACCUACUUCAAGAAGCACCUGGACCAGGGCAUCGACGUGCGGCCGACCAUCGCCAUCACCCGCGCCCACAUGCGCGUGGCCGAGAUUGUCGACUCCAUCAAGUCGGGCAGCCUCCCAGUCGACGGCGACGUCGUCAUCAACAGCACGGGCGACGUGAAAGUCACCAAGAUCGCCGUCGAGCCCGUCUGGCACCUCCCCGGGGUGGCUUCCCGCUUCAACGUCGACGAGGGCAUCCUGCGCCGCGCGCUGUUCGAGUACACGGGCGGCAGCUAUCCGGAGCUCGUCACCCGCCCGGACAUGAAGGUCUUUCUCCCUCCCAUCGGCGGUCUGACCGUGUACAUCUUCGGUCCGCCCGAGCGGGUGUCGGAUCCCAAUGUGAAGCUGGCGCUGAGGAUCCACGACGAAUGCAACGGCUCGGAUGUGUUCCAGUCGGAUAUCUGCACUUGCCGGCCGUAUCUUACGUUUGGUAUCGAGGAGGCCAUCAAGGAGGCGCAGAACGGCGGGUCGGGAGUGGUGAUUUACUUCCGAAAGGAGGGACGUGCCCUGGGCGAGGUGGUCAAGUACCUCGUAUACAAUUCUCGCAAGCGUGGAGGUGAUACUGCCGACAAAUAUUUUACCAGAACGGAGAACAUUGCCGGUGUUCGCGAUAUGCGCUUCCAGGCACUGAUGCCCGACAUUCUGCACUGGCUCGGCAUAAAGAAGAUUGACAAGAUGCUAUCCAUGUCCAACAUGAAGCACGACGCGAUUGUCGAGCAGGGCAUCCCCAUCUACGAGCGAAUCCCCAUCCCAGACCAUCUUAUCCCCUCUGACUCAAGAGUCGAGAUCGACGCCAAGAUCAACGCUGGAUACUUCACAACAGGCAGUAAAAUCACAGAGGAGGAGCUGAAGAAUGUGGAAGGCCGGGGUUGGCAGAGCUGGGAGGAUCGUAACCUUGCGUACUUUGAUAAUCUGGAUCCCAGUACCUACUACGACUCCCCCUGGUCAGACAUUCUUAGCAAUUACAACCACUUUUGGGCAGACGAUAGUCGAAAUGAUGAUAGAGAACUUGCAACCCAAUGGCUCGAAGACGACCAAGAUGGAGAAUGGAAUGAGAGAGUUGAGGCAGAAACCACAUUUGAACUUGCAAACGACAUUUGGAUUGUUUUCACUAGUCGCUGGUGCCAAAGAGUACGGCAGAUCAAGGCAAACCCGAGCGACAUGGAGAACGAGAGAGCAUUGCUCAUCCAUCGCAUGUCGAAGGCCGAGAGAUUUCUUGGUGCUGUGGGCGAGAAUCUUUGGAAAAAGUUGCAAUCCACUGGCUCCAUCAUCGAGCAUUCAGACCCCGACUUUUUCGUCGGUCGCAGAUACGAGUUCACCACGUACAAGAUUACCCGGGUGGCCAUACACUUGGUUGCGCUGCGGGCAUUGCUGUUGCGGGUUCUCUUCGAUCUCUACAGCCUGGUCGAUGUCUAUGAUGGCGCAAUAUAUGAGACCUACCGCGGUCUGUGUUUCCAAGUAUGGGCUUGUUUGCCGCAUCUGAAGACGGUGCAUGCUCUUUCUGCUAAAGACACGCUCUUGAUGGUGGUGCCAUUAUAUGAAGCUGCAGACAGUGAUGAGCUCCGCCAUCUCUACGAUAUAAAGAUCGACUGGACCGUGUUCGGGCUUGCCGAGCACAUGAGCAUAGAAGCUUUCCAGAACUGGAUCGUCGCGAGGUCUGCGCAGUGGAUUUGA